UCAAGAAUACAACUCUCAGGACCUAAACCUCUUGAAACUACACUUACUCAAGAAAAACUAUCAGAGAUUCGUUUAAAAAAUAAACGAAAAAGAACUAUUGUUGAAAAUGAAUCAUUUGAUAAAGAAUCUGCAACUGAAAUACUUCAAAG